GCCAGUUCAUUGUCGUCGGGUACAGUAACCCAGCAAAAGUAACUAACUUAGCAUGGAAGAGGACAGGGGUGAAACUGUUUGUUCUGAUAAGGGUAAUUUAGUUGCCUCGCACGACCAAGCAGCUUCAGAGACACCUUCAGCAGCCAAAAAUGCUGAAGAGCCAGGCACUAAAAAGGGGCCUCUCUCGUCCGUGCUGGAGAUCAGUGUGUCCGAGUCGGAGCGACGCUACAACGGUGCCAUCAACCUGAGCGAGUACUACACGGCCUACCUGAUCGAGACACGCGUCUCGGACAGCCGCUUCUGCGGCGCGCUGACGCGGCUGGGCGCCCUCUGGCGGCGCUACAGCGAGUUCGAGACGCUCUCCACCUACCUGGUGGAGGCGUACCCGUUCGUGGUUGUGCCGCCGCUGCCCGAGAAGCGUGCCUCGCAUGUCUGGCAGAAGCUCGCCACCGACCCAUUCGACUCGGAGUUCAUCGACCGGCGCCGCAUCGGUCUCGAGAGCUUCCUGUUGCGCGUGGCAUCGCACCCAAUUCUGUCUUGGGAUCCGAUUUUUCUGCGAUUUUUACAAGAUGAAAAAGACUGGAAGGAAAUAGUGACUGGCACUGGAUAUUUGGCGAAGGUGGAGAAACAGCUAAAAUCGUUGAACGCCACAAUCCGCGUCAAGAAGGGAGACAGCCGAUUCGAUGAGCUACUCAGCUAUGGAAAGGAACUGGAGACGCACCUGACGGCCGUGCUGCGCUCGAGGGCGCGGCUGACAGACGCCACGUACGCCAUCCGGCGGCAGCACGCCAACUACGGCCGCGUGCUCAGCGAGUGGUCGGCCAUCGAGACGCGCAUGGGCGACGGCCUGCAGAGCGCCGGGCACUACAUGGACGCGCACGCCGCCAGCAUCGACACGUUUAUCGAGGAGGAGGAGGUGUACAUUGACCAGCUGAAGGAGUACAUGUACUACGCGGCGGCGCUGCAGACCGUCUGCCACAAGUACACGAUGAUGCAGUACCAGCUGGAGCGGCUGGACGACUCGCUGUCGACGCUCUCGCAGCGGCGGGAGAGCGCGCUGCAAGGGAAGCCGAGCCUGAUGUGGCGCUUGCUGGGCAGCGUCGACACGGACGAGGUGCGCGAGAUGAAGGUGGCCGAGGUCGACCAACAGGUGGCUGACACUGAGACUCAGAUCCAGCAGCACUCGGCCAAGCUCAGCGAGUUCGUGGAAAAAGCCUUGGAGGAUGCUGAGAGAUUUCAUGCACGUAAAGUCAAGGAUCUUCGUGAAACUCUCAUCAACUAUGUGAAGCUUCAAAUUCGAAUUUGCAAGAAGGGACUGCAAACCUGGAAACACUUCCGCGACUGCGUGGACAGCCUGGGCGGCUGCCCCGCCCCGGCGCCGCAGGAGCUGGCCUCCCCCUAGUGGACCGCAGCUGGACGGCCGGUGGAGGGAGGCGUCCCGGCUCUGGGGGCGGCUCGCGGAGCGGCAGCGCAGCGGAGCGGGCGCACUCGCCACCUGGCGACAGUCUCACCGACCAGCCCGGUCGCGCUGACCGAAUCUCUUGGCCCUAUUCCUGCUUGUUGGUGUCUGCUUUUGACCGCACUCCGGUGAUCACGAUGGCUAUCCAGAGGAGCGGCAUGCGGCCCGUGAAGCAGGCGAGGCUUUCCAGGUCCUUUUCCAGUCGUAUGUUGUAUGGCUGUAAGGGGGGGGGGGGUACUUGUGGACAUAAAGGCUGAUUUACGUUUACCUCAGCUUCUAGUGAUGUGUAACGUUGCGUUGUCGUAUGUUCUCUACACUGUUCAACGGGCACGUGUUGUACCUUAUUUUCUGGUGUGGUCGCUGCGACAGGGUGAAUGGCGGGACCCGCCGGCCGCUGAGGGCUUGGUUACCUGGCACAGGGCGGGGAUCUUCGCCGCCGGCGAUGUGCUGUCAGUGGAGGACGUGAACUGCUUAUUCCAUGCCCGCUGAGCUAUUUUCUCACCGGGCCAUCGCACGAUCAACAUACGGUCUUGCAGUGUGUUCGUGAUGCGCGCCGAAGCUUACGCACUGUUUUGUUAUUUUUGAAAAGUACAGAUAUAUGGUUGUGUGUUGGGGUCUCGCACAUAUAUUGUUCGGUGUGCUGCAAA